CUGAAGUGCAGUUGAGCUAUUCUGUGUUUGUGAGUCUCAUGCAGUAAGAUGGCAGAAGCCAGAAUUUCAGUGGAUCAGAAUGAGUUCAUUUGUCCAGUGUGUCUGGAUCUCCUGAAGGAUCCAGUGGCCAUUCCCUGUGGACACAGUUACUGUAAGAUCUGUAUUACAGGCUGCUGGGAUCAGGAGGAUCAGAUGAGAGUCUACAGCUGCCCUCAGUGCAGACAGACCUUCAGUUCAAGACCUGCUUUAGCUAAAAACACCAUGCUGGCUGAAGUGGUGGAGAAACUGAAGAAGAUUAAACUUUCUGCUGACUGUUAUGCUGGAGCUGGAGAUGUGCAGUGUGACGUCUGUACUGGAAGAAAACACAAAGCUGUCAAGUCUUGUCUGGUGUGUCUGGAGUCUUACUGUCAAAAUCACCUUGAACAACAUGAGAGUUGGUUUAAAGGAAAGAGACACAAUCUGACUGAUGCCACUGGACGACUGCAGGAGAUGAUCUGCCAAACACAUGAUAAACUCCUCGAGGUUUUCUGCCGCACUGACCAGAAGUGUAUAUGCCUGCUUUGUACGAUGGAUGAACAUAAAAACCAUGACACUGUAUCAGCUGCAGCACAGAGGACAGAGAAACAGCACCAGCUGAAGGAGACGCAGAGGUUGUUCCAGAAGAGGAUCCAGCAGAGAGAGAAAGAUCUUCAGCAGCUGAGAGAGGCUGUGGAGUCUCAUAAGCGCUUUGCACAGACAGCAGUGGAGGACACUGAGAGGAUCUUCACCGAGCUCAUCCGCUCCAUUGAGAGAAGCCGCUCUGAGGCCACACAGCGGAUCAGAGAUCAGGAAAAGACUGCAGUGAGUCGAGCUGAAGGACGACUGGAGCGACUGGAGCAGGAGAUCAAUGAUCUGAGGAGGAGAGACGCUGAGCUGGAGCAGCUUUCACACACACAGGAUCACAUCCAUUUCCUGCAGAGUUACCAGUCUCUCUCAGCUCCUCCUGAAUCUACAGACUUAAAUGACAAUCCCUUCAGUUCUCUCUCCUCUUUUGAUGAAGUGAGAAAAUCUGUCCGUCAGCUGAGAGACAAACUGGAGGAUUUCUGCAAAGAGGAGCUCAAGAAGACCUCUAACAGAGUCACUUUCACCAACAUUGUUCCCAGGACCAGGAACGACUUCCUACAAUAUUCCCAUCAGCUCACUCUGGAUCUGAACACAGUGAAUAAACGCCUUCGUCUGUCUGAGAGGAACACAGUGAUUACAAACACUGACACAGAGCAGCCGUAUCCUGAUCAUCCAGACAGAUUUGAUGUGUGUCAGCAGGUGUUGUGUAGAGAGAGUGUGUGUGAUCGACGCUGUUACUGGGAGAUUGAGUGGAGUGGUGAAUAUGGUGUGUAUAUAUCAGUAUCAUAUAAGAGCAUCAGCAGGAAGGGUAAUGAGUGUGUAUUUGGAUCUUCUGAUCAGUCCUGGAGUUUGGACUGCUCUUCCUCCAGUUACUCAUUCAGACACAAUAAAACAAAGACAAAACUUUCUGUAAAGCCCAUCAUCAGCAGUAGAAUAGGAGUGUAUGUGGAUCACAGUGCAGGAACUCUGUCCUUCUACAGCGUCUCUGGAGACACAAUGAUCCUCAUCCACACAGUCCAGACCACAUUCACUCAACCGCUCUAUCCUGGGUUUAGGGUUUAUAAAGGAUCAUCAGUAAAACUGCGUUGAUGAAUCAGAAUAGACUGUAGAGAGGUUCUACCCAUAAUGCUUUGAGCUGCAUGAUGAAUCAGUGACUGUCACAUGCUGGGUUGACUAGAUAAUCCAAAAUAAGAGGCUCGACACAGAAAGACAAUAAACACUUAUAUUUAAACAACUCCAAAAAGAGCAUUGCCAUAUUUACUUAUUACAAACCAGUCUAGCUUUAUGCUUUCGUAUGUUUUUUUAAACCCUUUGGGAACUUGGCCAUUGACUUUGAUUGAAUUAAUUCUCUUUCAACAAUUGUAGAAUGUGCAUGCUAUCACUAGUGUUAACAAUAUCUCAUACUCCUGACUGCAAUGACAUAGAAAGAGCCCUUCUCAUAACCCCUGUUAUGGAACAAACUGCUCAUGAUUAUGCUUUUAUUAGACAUUUUUCUUGUUUUUCAUUUCUCUGAAUUUUUUUACUUUGCAAUGUACAUAAACUCUUUGAAGCUAUUUGUGUACAAAACAGGAGACAAUUCCUUUGAUGCAUUAAAACAUUUUACCAGUUUACCAGUGACUUUUUAAGUUCUACUUUUAGCAGAGGGAGCAAAAGAAAUUACGAAGUUAUAAUCAUAUAAUUCAAUAAAUCAUAUUUAACCUUAUAUUGUUUUUCGUUUAUGUGUUACCAUUAACGUGUUAAAUGUAGAAAUAUGCAAGCAAAAACAAUGCUUGUCCCCAUAACACUGCAGGAAUCCAUGCUAGUUUAUGCUGGAUUUUUCAGCAGGGAUAUCUUCACGUCUCAACUACAGCAAUGCCUUUUUUAUUGGUUUACUGUCAACUUAAUUUUGUUUCUCCUCUAUGGGCAGCAGGUCAUUCAGUGUAGAUCUGGAACUCACUCCUCCAGUCUCUUUGUUUCAUUGCGUCAAUCUUGGAAUUCAAACCUCUACUCACUUUGUUUUCUCUAUGUUAUUUAUCUUAGAGAGAUGCAUGUAAUUGAUCUCAAAGUUGUUUAUGUAAUGUUAUGUUAUCAUGUUCAUACUAUGAAAUGUGCUGCGUAAUGUUAUAUUUUGUGUUUGCCUUGGACUACUCAUUGUCUUUGUAUUUUUUUUUUGUAAUACUAUUUGAAGCAAUCUUGAGUGUAGUUAGUAAAGUUGUUGUCCUGAUUCUCAAUAAAUUGUGUUCUUUGAGUGACUGUCUGAGAAUGACAUCUAGUGGACGAUUUAUGACAAAUUUACAGCAGAGACACAACAGAGUUUAGUUCCAGCUGUUGCUGAACAAUUUAAGGGCAUUUUAUUUUGAAAUAAUUUGUUUGGAAGAAAUUACACUUGAAUAAUCUAAGCAAAACCAUA